UAAUAUUAUAGGAAUAGUUCCUAUACCAAUAUGGGAACCAUUUCCAUAAUGGUAUGGGAACUAUUCUCAUACUAUUAUGGGGAUGGUUCCCAUAAUAUAUGGGAACCAUUCCUAUAGUAGUAUGGGUACUAUUCCCAUACCAUUAUGGGAACCAUUCCCACAAUGCAUAGGAAAACUUCCCAUAAUUUUCUUUCCGUGUAGCUGUAUCAAUAAGAAAAUAAUUAUUUCUCAAAAAUCAAUUGAAUGACUCAUUGUGAACAAUAAAAGAAAAAAAACUUAUUUUGUCAUCAUUAAUUUUUUUUAUUUUUUAAAAAAAUACAAAUUUAUAUGCGUUUUACUUAAAUCAAUGGUCUAUUACUGAUAAAUAUUUGAAGAAGCAAUCAAAAUUAAUUACAAAAAGAGCACAAAGAGAGCUGUAAAAAUAUUUUAAGAGAACAAAAAUAUACGACGUCACGAGAUAUUAUUGAACUACUGGUUAUUGCAUUACGAUAAAUUGCUCUCGACACAUCGGUAAUAAAACGGGGGAUUCCUUAUGAGCGCUUUCUUGCGUUGGAGUUCCCACUCCCCACUAUUACUCGCUGUAUUUCCUUGUGUCUAAGCAUGUUAAAAGUAAUUCCCCGACUGUAAAUUAAAUGAUUGAUGUAGAGUAUAUAAACUAUUCAUUCGGAUGGUUCAAUCACAGUUCUUCAACUUCUUCUAAAAACGUUUGAAAGUCUUCACAUAUUUUAUAAUAACGGUAAAUAUAUAGAUUUCAAGAUGAAAACUACUUUUAUUUGGCUGGCCACUACUUUGGCAAUCGUCUCAAGUGAACCUGGGAUUCAUAAUAAGGAUGGUCAUCAACCCGCUCCAUACAUAAAUCGUCCUAAAUUCCCAUCGAACCCUCCACGCUAUAGUCGCUCGGCUGAUCCUCAAGGAUCUAUUGUCUUUCAACACACAAAGCCUUUGGAUGGACCGGAACGUCGUCCUAGUUGGAAUUUAGACUACCAGCAUAACAUCUAUGAAGGCAAAAAUGGCCAAAUAAGUGCUGCAGGAGGUGCGCUAAAGCUUCCCGGAAGAGAUGUUCAACCUCACGUUGGCAUCCAAGGAACCUGGAGAUUCCGUCGUUCCCCAGAACCUCAAGGAUCUAUUGUCUUUCAACACACGAAGCCUUUGAGUGGACCGGAACGUCGUCCUAGUUGGAAUUUAGACUACCAGCAUAACAUCUACGAAGGUAAAAAUGGCCAAAUAAGUGCUGCAGGAGGUGCGCUAAAGCUUCCCGGAAGAGAUGUUCAGCCUCAUGUUGGUAUCCAAGGAUCAUGGAGAUUCCGUCGAUCACCUGAACCUCAAGGAUCUAUUGUCUUUCAACACACGAAGCCUUUGGAUGGACCGGAACGUCGUCCGAGUUGGAAUUUAGACUAUCAGCAUAAUAUCUAUGAAGGCAAAAAUGGUCAAAUUAGUGCUGCAGGUGGUGCGCUAAAACUUCCCGGAAGAGAUGUUCAACCUCACGUUGGCAUCCAAGGAACCUGGAGAUUCCGUCGAUCCCCAGAACCUCAAGGAUCUAUUGUCUUUCAACACACGAAGCCUUUGGAUGGACCGGAACGUCGUCCGAGUUGGAAUUUAGACUAUCAGCAUAAUAUCUAUGAAGGCAAAAAUGGUCAAAUUAGUGCUGGAGGGGGUGCUUUGAAGCUUCCUGGAAGAGAUGUUCAACCUCACGUUGGUAUCCAAGGAACAUGGCGGUUCUAAUUAUAACGACACACGGUUACUUGUCUCAGUAUCACAGUCAUAAUAUCACACGAUAAAACAUCACUUGCCAAAUUAUCAUACGUCUAAUUGUCACCCUAGAAUAGAUAUUUCAUUGUUCAACAUAAAUCUGUGUAUCGAAGAUUGAUAUGUGCACGAUCUUGUGAAAUUCGGACGCAUAAUAUUCUGGUCUAUAAUUUUCUUAAGCGAUAUUUCGGCAUUGAGAUAGUUUGUUUGUGUGUUAGUAUGACUGUGAUACCCAGUCCUGACACUUGAAAUACUCAUUAACCAGUAUUUUUUAGUAUCCCGGUUUGAAAGCUCGAAUUCAAUCGCAUGAAAAUCCAAAACUUUCGAUUGAUUUUCAUUACAUUUUCUAUAAGAAUGAAUCAGAGAUUUCUUUUUCAUGAGAGUGAUUUAGAACUUUUUCUCGCCUCCGGGCGGAAAGCGUCAACUUUUGUCCCGCUGUGCUAAACGAAGUUGCCGCUAUCCGCCUCCGUUGAGGAGAAAACUAUUAUACACUCAUUGGGUAGUAAAUAUAUAAGAAAGCCUCAGAAUACAUGUUUGUUGACCUUGGCUUCGUCUUGGUCAAAGAUUUCAUGUGAUCUGAGACAUUUCUUACUGUACUGCCCUAGGUGUCUAAUAUAUUAUUAAGCAGGGAUAUCAUUAAGUUCUUAUAAUUAUUAUAUUAUAAACUGUAAAUUAUUCACCGAAUGUUUACUGUAUGUCUGAAUUACUACUGAGAUUUAAAUAAAUUAUACAGUUAAAACUGAA